AAUCUACCACCCCACGGCAUCAUCGUCCAAACAUAAGCAAACCGAACGACGCCGUAAGCGGAUCUCAAAACGUCGGGUUUUUGUUUCUGAAGGGAAACGCAAUCGAAUGCCCAGUACUGAUCCUAGCCCGAGCUCCAAUUGACAGCAAUGGCGUCGGUCAUCGCCUCUCGGCCACGGCCACGGCCAGCGCACACACAGGGAACCACGCGCUGCGCAUACACGCCCGACGGCUCCAGACUGGUCACGGUCGGUUCCAACAAUACAAUCCGCCUUUACAAGACAGGCUUCGACGGCGAGCCCACCAAUAUCGACGACUGCCAGGAACAGAAUCUGGCCGUGGCCAGCAGCAACGACUUCUUCGUCGCCGGCGCCGAAGAUGGCACCGUCAGCUACUACUCGCUCGCCACCAACAUGUUCGACAAGUUCCUGCUGCGCACCUCGCUGCCCGUCCGCGACGUCGCCCUCUCACCCGACAACAAGUGGUGCGCCGUGGCCAGCGACGAGCUGACCGUCAAGCUGGUCCACAUCGAGGACAACACCAAGCUGCUCACCCUGAAGGAGCACGGCAAGCCGACCAAGCAUCUCUCGUACGAUCUCAAGGGCAGCAUGCUUGCCCUGUCAUGCACCGACGGCAUCAUCUAUGUCUACUCCCUGACCGCUGAGCACCCGGAGCUCAUCCGCAAGGUGGACGGCGUCAUUGGCCGGACGGAAACCGAGUCGGACGCUUCCUGCAGGGCGAUAUGGCACCCCGACGGGCGGGCAUUUGCGGUGCCAACUCCGACGAGAGAGAUCCAAGUAAUCUCAAAGAACGACUGGGAGAAGCAGCGCGUCUUUUCGAAGGGCCAUGACGGGGAUAUCACCGCCCUGGCCUGGUCGCCAAACGGCGCCUUGCUCGCCACGGCGGGGAAGGACAGAAGGCUGUUACUGUGGCAGACCAAGGACCAGACCGUCAUUGCGAGAUACGAGUAUCCGAACGUCAUCGAUAUUGCUUGGCACCCGUCCAAGAACCUGGCCUCCUUCACCACUUCAGACGGCGAGGUCUUCAUCUGCGACGACUUCGUCCCUGAGCAAUUUGCCUCGUUGCUGAGGCUACCCAAGCAGCCCGCCCCGUUCAUCCAUGACCCUCUCGAAGAGUUUGGUGCGCACGGCCGGAGGUCGGAGCCUAACGGUGCCGGCGGUCUUCCCUCACGCCCGCGACGGGGCUCCGUCGACAGUUUGGAUGACCUCCUGGACGACGAUGACCUGGCGGACGAGGACGACGGCUUCGUCGUUGAUGACGAUGGAGCGGGGUACACGCUAAACGCCGCUCGGAAACGGGCAGCCGACGAUGACGGCUUGUACGGACAACGCCCCAGCAAGCGCGGUAACUUUGUCCAGCCGCAGCUCCACCCGCCAUUUCAACCCGGUUCAACCCCUUGGCGCGGCAACCGCAAGUACUUGUGCCUGAAUCUCAUCGGGUUCGUAUGGACCGUGGACCAGGAUUCUCACAACACGGUGACGGUGGAGUUCUACGACCACGAAUUCCACAGGGACUUCCAUUUCACCGACACCUUUCUCUAUGACAAGGCCUGCUUGAACGAAAAGGGCACGCUCUUCUCGUGUCCGCCGAAAGACGACGCCCCGGCCGUGGUCUUCUAUCGCCCCCACGAGACCUGGACACAGCGGAAUGACUGGCGCAUAGAGCUGCCCAAGGGCGAAGCCGUCGUGGCCAUGUCGCUAAGCGACACCUUCAUCACCGUCACGACGACCGCCAACUACGUCAGGAUAUACACGCUCUUUGGCAUCCCUUAUCGCGUCUAUCGACCCAAGAGCACGCCCAUCGUCUCGUGUGCGAGCUGGAGGGACUACGUCUUAACCAUGGGCAACGGCCCCGUCGGCGCAGAUGGCAUGUGCCGGUUGCUCUACACAAUCGAGAACAUUAAGCGGGACGAGAUAUGCCAAAAUGAAGACACGGUGGCGCUGCCCGAGGGAGCCACUGUGAAGAGUGUCUUCUUCUCCGACAACGGGGACCCUUGUAUCUACGACUCAACCGACACGCUUCUGACCCUGCUCCACUGGCGCGAGCCCUCGCGCGCCUAUUGGGUCCCCCUCCUCGAUACCAAACUCCUCCCGCGCCUCGCCUCGGGCCGCAAGCACGAGAACUACUUCCCCGUCGCCGUCGCCGACAACAAGUUCCACUGCAUCAUCCUCAAGGGGGGAGACCAAUACCCUUAUUUCCCGCGCCCGCUCCUCUCCGAGUUCGAUUUCUCUAUCCCCCUCACGUCCGCCCCCUCCUCCAAGAAGAAGAGCAAGAAACAGUCGAGGGCGUCCGGGUCCCGCAACAAGCCGGACGACGAAGACGAGGAAAUGCUCUCCUCGCCUUCUGCGGAGGAAUCCGACGCCGACGCGGACGGAGAAGAAGAAGGGCAGGAGGACGCGGCCGAGUCGGAAGCGCUGGCGCUGGCGCAGGGCUACCUGCUCAAGUCGCUCCGCUCGGCGCAGCUCGCCGACCAGCUCGCCCACACGCGGUCGACGGCGUCGCAGCGGGCGCUGCUGGCGCGGCUGGAGCUGGACAUCGACAAGACGCUGAUCCAGAUGCUGGCGGCCGAGUGCCGGGCCGGCGGCGAGGAGCGCGGCAUGCGCGCCCUGGAGGUGGUGCGGCUGAUGCGCGACCGCAGCGGCAAGAUGAUCGAGGCGGCCAUCAAGGUCGCCGAGCGGUACGGGCGCGAGCUGCUGGCCGGCAAGAUCCGCGAGUGGGGGGAGAGGCGGAUCGCUGGCGGCGGUGGUGGUGGUGCGGACGGGGAUGGCGGCGAGGAUGAGGACGAGGAUAACGACGAUGGAUAUGGGUUCUAGAGGCGAGCGAAGGACUGCGCAUUGGGCAGCAACAGUCUCCAAAGGGCGUGCUCGGUUCCUUCUUUUUGUUUGAUCUGCCCCCUGUGUGUGUCCGGGCCGGGUUCCCGCGAC